AGCGGCGCGGGGGCGCGCGCCGGCCUGACGGACAGACGGACGGACAGACGGACACAGCAGCCGAGGCGAGCGCGCAGCUCGGACCCGCCCGGACGCAGCGCUCGCCCGGCGGCCGCGGCGAUCACCCGCGCUGGUCCGGCGGCCGCGGCGCCCGCCCUCGCCCGCGCCCCAUGGGGUCACAGAGUCCGUAGAAGAGACCACCCCGGGAUCCCAGAUGAACAACCGGCGGGAAGAUAUGGAAAUCGCGUCCCACUACCGGCACCUGCUCCACGAGCUCAACGAGCAAAGGCAGCACGGCGUCCUGUGCGACGUGUGCGUGGUGGUCGAGGGCAAGGUCUUCAAGGCCCACAAGAACGUCCUGCUCGGCAGCAGCCGCUACUUUAAGACGCUCUACUGCCAGGUGCAGAAGGCGUCCGACCAGGCCACGGUCACGCACCUGGACAUCGUCACGGCCCAGGGCUUCAAGGCCAUCAUCGACUUCAUGUACUCCGCCCACCUGGCCCUCACCAGCAGGAACGUCAUCGAGGUGAUGUCAGCGGCCAGCUUCCUGCAGAUGACGGACAUCGUGCAGGCCUGCCAUGACUUUAUCAAGGCCGCGCUGGACAUCAGCAUCAAGCCGGACGCCUCGGACGAGCUCUCGGAGUUCGAGGUGGGCGCCCCACCCGGCAGCGGCGCGGACGCCCUCAUCUCCGCCGUGAUGGCCGGGAGGAGCAUCUCCCCGUGGCUGGCCCGGCGCACGAGCCCCGCCAACUCCUCCGGGGACUCGGCCAUCGCCAGCUGCCACGAGGGCGGGAGCAGCUACGGGAAGGAGGACCAGGAGCCCAAGGCCGACGGCCCCGACGACCUCCCCUCACAGCCGCUGUGGCCUGGCGACGUGGGCUGCGGGCCCCUGCACGUCAAGGAGGAGCAGCUCUCGCCGACUCACUACGGGGGGAGCGAGCCGCCCUCCGCCGGGGACGCUGCCGUUCAGAACUCCUUCUCCGAGCAGGCUGCGGCGGACGGCUGGCAGCCCACGGGCCGGAGGAAGAAUCGGAAAAACAAAGACACGGUCCGGCACAUCACGCAGCGCGCGGAGGACGACAGCCGGGCCGGCUCCCCGCUGCCGUCUCCCCUCCCGACGCCCGGGUGGCCCUUCAGCCGCCGAGACUCAAACGCGGACUUGACCGUCGCUGAAGCCAGCAGCUCGGACAGCCGCGGGGAGAGGCCCGAGCUCUACGCGCAUGUGGACGAGGGGCUCCUGGGAGGAGAAGGCAGCUACCCGGGAGCCCCCCUCACCCCCGAGAAGGACGACGCGCUGCACCAGGCCACCGCGGUGGCCAACCUGCGGGCGGCGCUUAUGAGUAAGAACAGCCUGCUGGCCCUCAAGGCCGACGUGCUGGCGGAUGACAGCUCCCUGCUGCUGGAGUACCUGCCCAAGGGCACCCACUCCCUGUCCCUGAACGAGUUCACGGUCAUCAGGAAGAAGUUCCGCUGCCCCUACUGCAGCUUCUCGGCCAUGCACCAGUGCAUCCUCAAGAGGCACAUGCGCUCCCACACGGGCGAGCGGCCCUACCCCUGCGAGAUCUGCGGGAAGAAGUUCACGCGGCGCGAGCACAUGAAGCGGCACACGCUGGUGCACAGCAAGGACAAGAAGUACGUGUGCAAGCUGUGUAGCCGCGUGUUCAUGUCGGCCGCCAGCGUGGGCAUCAAGCACGGCUCGCGGCGCCACGGCGUGUGUGCCGACUGCGCGGGUGGCGGCGGGGCCGGGCCCCUGGAUGGCGGCGGCGCCGAGGGCUCCCCUGAGCUGUUCGUGGGCGACGGGCCGUACCUGGAGGACCCCGAGGACCCACGCGGCGAGGGCGAGGAGGAGCUGGGUGAGGACGAGGACGACGUGGGCCUGGCCCCCGAGGACGCACUACUGGGGGACGACAAGGAGGACGAGGACUCGCCGCGGGGGCCUCGCAGCCCUGCCCGGGGCACCGACAAGGACUUCACCUGGAUCUCCUAGGCUGGGCCGGGCACUGGGCCACGGCCGCCCCCGCCUGUGUGCGCCCCGGGCCCCCUUCACCUGCUCCCCCCCACCCCUCGAGGACACCCGGGGCUCGGAGGCGGGCGCUGCCCCAGCGCACGGGGCGGGUCUGAGCCCAGGGAGAGCCCUUGUCACCUCCCCCAGCAGGGGCGCGGGGCGGGCAUCGGGGGAGCCCAGGACGCACCGGUCUGGCGUCGGACGCACCGUGGCCUGUGACCCGGAAAGGGCCAGCGCUGGCUGGGGUCCCAAGUGUGGCCCCGAGGCCCGGGUCCGGGAGCUGUUAGGAGAGUUCUCCUGACCCUGGGCCCCGUCCAGGGCCCCCGCCUCCGCUCCCCCUUCUCCGCCGUGGGGUCACUGCUGGCGGCUGCCGCUGCCCCCACCCCCUCGAGGGCUGUGCCGUCCGGGGGCAGCCUGCGAGACCCAGGUCUGGCGUCCAGAAGGCCCCGCGGGCCGCCCGCCUCUGGGCUUUGGUGCUCAACACGCAGCGGCUGCCGACCUCGGCCCAGGGUGCCCGGGUGCUACCCCCCACGGAGGCAGCUGGGCGGGGGCCCAGGUGCUCCCACCGUAGGGGCCUCCUCUUUCUUUGUGUGCACUUCUCUGGGCUGGCUUGCCCCUCCGCCCCACCCGUCCUGCCGCGCCCAGGCCACUCCUGCUGGCCGUUCCAGGCGGCUCGCCUUCGUUGCUGCUGACACCGGAUGGUGUCCCCGACGCCAGUGCUGCCCGCGCCGCCUGCGGGGGCCGCCCCCUCCCCAGGUGCUCAGGGCCCCGGUUCCGUGAGUCGCUAAGGGAACUGAGGCUGGCACGUAACGUGGUUCUGUUCGGUGUUAUCUUUCCCGCUCGACGACACUCGCAGACGUGUCUUUCCUUUGGUUCCUUCCCAAGACCCCUCGCCGUCUUUUAAACGCGCUUACGACCCCCUUCUCUCUCUUUUUUCUGAGAAGCCGGGGCCCCGCCGUGUGCUGUGAGGACACUGUGGCCCAACCCCCGCCUGUCUCCCUUUCAGGCUCGUGACACAUACAUUCCAUCCCCUCCACCCGCCUCGCUUGGGAGCCCCUGCGGGACACCGUGCCAGGGCCCCUUGGGUGCUGAGCUAGAGCCGAAGGAGACACUGGCUUGAUUUUCUCUCUCCCCACAACCUGCAAGCCGAAUGGCUUUACUGCAUUUCUCCCGGGUCCCAUCUACUCUUUCUAGGUGGAGAAAGGCAAAUCCCACAGAACCGUCCUUAGUAAGUGGCUGGCUGCGUGGACACGGACGGGUGCUGUCCUUGAAGCCCUGCCCGGGGAGAAGUCGCAGCUUCAUUUUUUGUUUUGCUUUGUUUUAAACAUAGCCACCUUUCUCUCAGUCAGAAGAGGGCUGCCCUCCCAUCCUCAGCUGGGGACGCUGCGAACUCCUCAACGCUGGCAUCCUUAGGGAAGGGCCGGGCCGGGCCGGGCCGGGCCGGGGGGGCAGGAGCCCGGGGCGGGUUGGGGUGCCUCCGGGGCCAGCGCCCCCGUCUGCCUUUCACAGUGGGGCCCAGCUGAGCCCCUCGGUGGGGCUCCCCACUGUGUACCUUUCCCCCACUUUCUAACCCCUUUUAUAAAGACUUACUUUCUUAUCAAAUGCAUUUGGAAACCAGACCUUUGCUACCAAGCGUCUCUGGGUUUUGUAUGGGGCCACCUCUCAGCCCGCCGCCUGCGCCCCGGGCCACCUUUGCGCCACACUCAGGACCUGCUCGCUCCCGCUCUGGACCGUCCUGGCUGACUUUUAACGGGGCCCUCAGUGCCACAAGGGCAUUUUCUUCCUCAAAACAAUACCCUGGAAAACCGAGGGUCCCACCUCCCGCCCCCGAGCCCCGUGUGUUCACUAUUCUCGUGUGCGGUUAACUCGAGAGCUGGAUUUCAGAGAUGCAGGCGAACACAUCGCCUCCAGAGGCGUGGAGGGAAAGACGUGUAACGAAGGUUUCUUUUUUAACGUGAUCUUUUUUUUUUUUUCAAAUCAAUGUUUAAACUAAUAAAUAUUUUUUUAUGAAGCGGAAAAGCGUGUAGAUCACAUCUCACAUUUUGUACCUUUCCGUCUGUGUGCGU